UAGCUGAUUUAAACACAGCUCCUGUGAGCUGCACGGACAUUAGAGUGGGUUAGACUCCAGUGAAGAGCUGCUGAGAGAGCUGUGUACUCAGUGUGGUAUACAGGGCUAGUGUAGUGCUGGGUGUGGAGCUGUCAGUGUGCUGUGAACUCAGUGUUGUUUUACUAGUGAGAAUGUUGCUGACUUUUUAUCUUCUCUUCAUUGGGCUUCAUGUCUCUGAAGGCUGCACUCUGGUGAACAGAGAGAAACUACUGAGUAUCACAGCUCAUACAGGAGGGUCAGUACUGCUGGCCUGCUACUGCACUGACCUACACACCACACCUGAGGAAUUCAGCUGGAAGAAAGACAACGCAUACACACAAACACGAGAAGAGAUAUCCAGUGAGAGUGGUCAGUACAGAAACAGAGUUCAGCUGGGUAAUGGUCACUCUCCAGGAAAUCUCUCUCUACUCAUAUCACACCUGACUAAAGAGGAUGGAGGAGAUUAUGAGUGCUCUGUUAAAGGUGCACAUUUAGUCAUCAGACUGACUGUAAAAGAGGGUCCACCUAAAACUACAACAUCUGCUGCAAGGGUCAGUGUACCCACCAAUCCAACCACUUCAACCACACAUUUAUCUCAAGCAUCUAAUAGACUUGGAGGAGUCAUCUACUGGAGAUACAGAGGACAGAGUCGAGGGCAGACAGAGAGCCAAGAGCUAGGAAAGAUGAAGACAGAGCACAAAACACAGGAUGAAGUGAUGUACUCUACUAUAGUCCACAGUAACACAACUGCAACAACUACAGUUUCUGAUGUCGAAGAAAAGGCAGAAUAUGCCAUCAUCAGAUUAAACCAGUAA